ACAAUCAUCCAGUCAUCUGCUCUGUCUCAUGCUCAAGUCCUUGCUUAUCUGCCUGACACUCCAGACCUGUCCAACAGACCACUUUUUACAGCCCAGCAUGUCCAGAGGCAUUGAAGGACACUGAGUUCCUUCUGCCCCCUUUAGGAAUAACAGCAAGGAUCUUCUCUUCAUGGCUCUGCAAUGGCUGGAAAAAUUCUGAACUUCAAUGUUGGAGUGCUGGGCCACGUUGACAGUGGCAAGACCUCCCUUGCCAAGGCCCUGAGCACAGUCGCCAGCACUGCUUGCUUUGACAAAAAUCCACAGUCCAAAGAGAGGGGCAUCACCAUUGACUUGGGCUUCAGCUCCUUUGUGGUGGAAGCUCCGAAACAUGUGCUGGAAGGUGGGUAUGAUAAGUUGCAGUUCACCCUGGUGGACUGUCCAGGGCACGCCUCUCUCAUCAGAACCAUUAUUGGGGGAGCCCAGAUCAUUGAUGCCAUGAUGCUGGUGGUGGACAUAACCAAGGGCAUCCAGACACAGACAGCAGAGUGUCUGGUUAUUGGUGAGGUGCUAUGUGAUAACCUUCUUGUAGUUCUUAAUAAGGUGGAUCUAAUACCCCAAGAAAAACAAAAGGCAACCAUUGAAAAGAUGACAAAAAUGAUCUUACUCACACUGCAAAAAACAAAAUUUGUCGGUUCAAAAGUCAUUGCUGUGGCUGCCAAGCCGGGGGGGCCAGACGCACCUGACCAGGACCCUGAUGGAGUGAAGGAACUAAUGGAGGUGAUGCAAGCGUUCUCAUACAUUCCAAAAAGAGACACUUCAGGUCCAUUUCUGUUUGCUGUUGAUCACUGUUUCAGUAUCCGAGGGCAGGGAACAGUCAUGACAGGCACGGUGCUUCAGGGGGCCGUGGCCAUCAAUGAUGUUGUGGAGAUUCCAAGCUUAAAGGUGACCAAGAAAGUAAAGUCCAUGCAGAUGUUCAGACAGCCAGUAGAGAAGGUUUCACAGGGUGACCGUGCUGGCAUUUGUGUGACACAGUUUGACCCCAAACUGCUGGAGAGGGGAGUGGUGGGCACUCCAGGUGUCAUUAAGACAGCCUUUGGGGUUCUUGCCAAAGUUUCAAGGAUCUCAUAUUACAAACUGCCAAUUGAGACUAAGGCAAAAUUUCACAUUAGUUUGGGUCAUGAAACAGUGAUGGCAAGGGCAACCUUUUUUGGCACAGAGGACCAGCAGGGCCCAGAGGAGGUGUUUGAUUAUGAGCGCACCUACAAGUACCAGUCCGAGCUCCUUGACCUGAAGGCUGGAGAUGGAGUCACUUCCAAUAUCUUGCAACAGUUUACUCUCCUUGAGUUUGAAAAAGCUAUUCAGAUUCCCCCAAACUCAUCACUGAUAGGGUCAAAGCUAGACAUGGACGUGCACACCAACAUGUGCCGCCUAGCUUUCAAAGGCAAACCUUUGGAAAUCUUCACAGAUAAAAAUUAUGGAGAGACACAGUUGGAAAGAAUCAAGGUUUAUAAGGAAAAAAGCAAAGAAGGGCUGGUAGAGCGAGUGGCUAAUGAGAAUGAACUCAUUGUCAAAAGCUUGCUGAAGAAAGACACCAACAGCCAGCUUUUUGUGGGACUGAAGGUAAAGCUUUCCACGGGGGAGGAGGGCGUGAUUGACGGAACCUUUGGCCAGGGAGGCAAGGUGAAGGUCAGGAUCACCAGCGGUCUCCAGGACACCACCAAGCUCACUCUUCAGAAAUUCUCAUCAGGAAAAAAGAAAGGGAAAGGUGGACAAGAAAAUCUGCCUCCUGACAACAAUUUGGAGCCUGUUAAAGUAAUCCUUCAUUUCAAGAAAUAUGUAUUCAGCACUAGUAAAAAAAUGAUACAAAAUUGAAAACACAAGGAAUCAGUAAACAGAUGAAAGAGAAAGAGAGAUAAAUAUAUAUAUAUAUAUAUAUAUAUAUAGAUAUAUAUAUAUAUAUAUAUAUAUAUAUAUAUAUAUAUAUAUAUAUAUAUAUAUAUAUAUAUAUAUAAAGUGACAGUGAUGAGAAUUGCCCUAGUGUGUUGUAGCUGUGCAGAAAAUGAUUUUAGGUUUGAGUGUUGUUAUUGUUUCAUAACUUUAUAACAAGUAACAUUGAUGAGUCCUUGAUGAUGCCUUGAUAUGCACGUGUUAAGUACAGAGAACAUUUCAUGGUUCUUGAAUGUGUUGGUUUAUGCUUAAUAUUGUUAAUGAAGGUUUUAUUUAUUUUAAAAAGCAAAGUAACAUGUAAAGUGUGUAUUUUAAGAUGUCUGAGUCUUAUGAGCCUCAGGCAGGGAUCACAUGGUUUAAGCCGUACCAGUAAAAGCCUUGCCACCCUCGGAAUCAAACUACAAGUAUGAAAUACUUGCAUCAUUUUAUUUCUGAGUGGUACUUGAAUAUUGGUCAUUUUUUGCACCCUAUUACUUCAGACCUUUGAGAAAAAUAUAUAAUAUAAGAUUUUAUUUAUUUUUUUUUUUUUUCUUUUUUUUUUUUUCUUAAAAAAUUAUGCGUUUCUUUGAAUUCAUAUGGAUUUUGCCAAGAUUUUCAUAUUCACACAUCAAUAUUUUGUUGCCAAGAGAAUUCACAAAAAAAAUUCAAAGCAGCAAGAAAAAGCAUCAGCCAACACUUGAGACAGAGCCUACAGUAUGAAAUCCACCAAAGUUGUUAAACAUGAGAUGUUUAAGAUUAAAAUAAAUUUUGUAUUUUGUAGAUACUACCUUAUCAUUUUCCUUAUGUUGGAAUAUCUGUAGGACUAAACCCAAAUAUCCUGUGAGAAAUGGUGUCCAACAAUGAGCAUGUCAGCAUGUAUUGCUAGAGCAGUGGCAGCACUGUGUAGUGAGGCAGUCUCUUUAUAGACAGCUGAGACAGGUGGCACUGCGUUGUAGGCUACAGGGUGCCUCUUUGUCUCCACUGAGCAUAGUUGCCAAACUUAGUGUCUUGCAGAUAAAUCUCUGAUUUUAGAAGUGUGCUUGACUGUCAAGCUUUUCAUCAGAGAAAUUCCUUACCAUUCUGCCUCUUCAGCUGUAACAACAGGUUAAAGAAAGUUUUAUAUUACUGCCCAAUGGCAAUAAUUUUUAGUGUGAUCACUCCCACAAGGCUCUCAUUGUUAUGAUACAAUCAAAAUUGAUGUUCGCUACCUCAUUUAAACUACAGGUAACUCUCGUUUUACGCGAGUUUGGUUUACGCGUUUUUUAAAUAACGCGGGGUCCAAAAUCCAAAUAAAUGUUUAAUUUAG